GCCAGUCGCACGCUAACAUGAUGGUGCGGUGGCAGGCGGUGUUCGUGGCGCUGGCCACAGCGACCGGUCUGGUCGCGUCGCAGGGCUACUACGGGAAGAAGCUGGGCUCGCUGAGCACCUUGGAGCAUGGCGUCAGCGGCGAGGUGUACGCCGUCGACUCGCGCACGAUCCACAUCAGGAACAUGAAGUACGACGGCCAGGGGCCAGACGCCUUCUUCUACGUUGGUAGCGGGUCGAAACCGUCGGGGCAAGGCUUCAUAGUUCCGGAUGAAAAUGGCAGCGUGGAGCCGCUGGGAGCGUACCGCAACAAGCACGUGACGCUGACGCUGCCCAGUGGGGUGACACUGGACAAGGUCCAGUGGGUGUCCGUCUGGUGCCGCGCCUUCGCGGUGGACUUCGGCAACCUGGUGCUGCCGCGGCCGGUGUCCGACUACCCGCGCCCGCAGCGCGUCGGCCGCCUCAAGACCCUCGAGCACGACGUGUCGUCGGGCGACAUCGUCGUCGUCGACGCGCAGACGCUGCUCGUGCCCGACUUCUCGUACGACGGCUCGGCGCCAGACGCUCACUUCUGGGUGGGCAAGGGCCCCAAGCCUUCACCAGACGGCACAGCCGUGGCCGACGAGAACGGCUCGAAGCAGCCGCUGCGCCGCUACGACCGCAAGACGGUGGUCAUCACGCUGCCCGGCGACCUGACCGUGUUCGACAUCGACUACCUCAGCAUCUGGUGCGAGGACUUCUUCGCCGACUUCGGCCACGUCAGGAUCAACAAGGCCUCACUGAACGUGCCGCCCAGCCUGAAGAUGCUCGGAGUCCGGCCUCAGACGAAGCUGAACUGCGAGGUGCUCGACUCUGACUCCUCCCUGGAGGUGCGCUGGGCAGUGGCCGGCGAAUCCAUCGUCAUGCAGCUCGUCAGCAACAUAGAGGACGGCCAGUACAUGUCGUUCGGCCUGAGCGGCGACAGCGCGCGCAGCAAGAUGCUGGGCGCUGACGUGGUGGUCACCUGGCUGAACCGGGCCACGGGGCAGGGGUACGCCCACGACUACCACCUGGAGGCGCGCGCGCAGUGCGCCGGCGGCAGGGGCUCCUGUCCAGACGCCAAGACCAGGGGCGGCAAGAACGACGUGCGCCUGCUGAACUCAGCGCUCAUCAACGGGUUCUCGAUGCUGACCUUCCAGCGACCGCUGGCCGGCGGCGACGCCAACGACCUCGCCAUCUUCACCAACGGCUCGCAGCAGGUGAUCUGGGCCAUCGGGCCCGUCAACUCGGCCGGCGAGACCAGCUACCACAGCAAGCGCACGCAGGGCGACCUGUUCGUCGACUUCGGCCGCACGCCGAUCUGGAACUGCGCCGUGGCCGGCAGCGGCUCGGCCGCCGCCUCUUCGUCCCGUGCGGGCAGCCGACCGGCGACGACGCCGGCUCCCGCCAAGCCCUGGAAGAUCCCGUCGAUCAAGUGCGACGAGCCCGAGGACCGCGUGUACUACGCGCAGAUCGGACCGACCGGCGGCGCGCGCGGCUACAACGCCAUCACGGGCCGCGUCGGCUGGGGCCUCGCCUGGUACAUCAACGGCCUGCUCAUCCCCGAGAUCAACGUGGUGCGCGGCAAGACGUACACGUUCGUGGUGGAGGGCGGCCUCGACCCGGAUCGCUCAGCCAAGUUCCAUCCGUUCUACAUCACUGACGACGCCGAGGGUGGCUACGAGUUCAAAAGCCAGGCGGAGCGCGCGAACGUGCGCGUGUUCGCCGGCGUGUCUCUGGACCGGAAUGGCAAGGCCCAGCCGACGGCCACCGGCCGUCUCUGCUCCUGGAAGGAGAACCCCAGCGAGCCGGCCGACGCGCACGGCUCGUUCGGCGCCUACCAGCGCACGCUGCAGCUGGUGUGUGAGGAGGGCCAGCCGGGAAUCCUGCAGUGGACGCCCGACCAGAACACGCCAGACACCGUCUACUACCAGUGUUUCACCCACCGAUACUUGGGCUGGAAGAUCAACGUCGUCGAUUCCUGCCAGUCUGGAGGCGCAAAGCGGGGCUCGACAAGAAAUUCUGGAAGACGUGUGGAGCCGAAUGCGGGACGCCGCAGCAGGCUCCGCGGCCGUCGAGGCUAGGCAACAGCGGCACCUUCACGCAGAUGCGCGAUGAGUCGGCGAAGAUCCGAACGCCGCUCUGAUAGCGGGCAACCAAGGACAGCGCGUGUCUCGUGUUGCUACCAGCGCCGCAGGCGUGCGGCGGCCGCUCCGCGCAGCUGCGGUUCUCGCCGACGUCGAUAGCUGGUGACACCAGAGCUGGCCGUCGUCGCGUGUGUGUGUAUGUGUCGUGUGGAUGUGAGUAGACUGCAACAGCGCAAAGCGCCGGAAAUGACCAGCCAACGAGCGGAUUCGGCACGGGAGACUGGACGAACUCUGAGCACGGGAGACUGGACGAACUGCGGAGCACGGGAACGACUAACGAACGAGACGGAGCGGUGUGAACCGCUUGCAUUUCUGGAAUGUUUUCUUCCGUGCGACAUUGUGAACGACAGGCAUUCAUUGUUCUCUGGGCGCUGCAGACUAGGCUGCCUGCACAGGCUUGGAUCUGAGCAUGCGUAGUGCCACAUGACGACGCACAGCAUGUCCGUACUGUAUGAACUGCAGGAGACUUCUUGCUGACAUCCGGCUCGAGACGAAAUCGUUACACGUUUCCGGGGUGUGAGUGCGCGGGAGCUCUUCGUGAAAACCGGCGAGCCUGUGCGAGAUGCCCCUGUGAUCAGAUAAAUUAUUGUAUUUAAGAACGCACUCUACGGAAAUUAUCGUACAUUUCGCACAUUAUGUGAGGCAAACUGCCUCCUAGAUAUUUAGCGCGAUGUUAGAGGACGCAUGACGCGGUAUCCUCACAUAGCGGAGUCGUUACAGCUGUACGCGUUUCCUGAUGGCAUGUGCAAAACUAUGACCUCUAUGACCUUAAUGGCGCCGACAUUAAACGCUAUUUGGCAUGGUUCGCAGUCUGUGUUUAUGUGAAGUUUGCUGUUUUUGCAAACUUUUGUUGGAGUUCCAUCGGUCAAAAUGUAUCAACCCAAUAAACAAUACACAUGAAAUCGA